CAAGCGAGGUGACCUGACGGCACAGAAGACUACCGCAGAAGAGGAGGCUAUGGCGGCUAUAAAGCGUCACUACAUGGGGGCAUUCGACAUCCCAAUAAAAAGACUGGUAGAGCCAGCAUGGAAGCGGCUGGUGAGAGCGGCGGACCCCCAACACGUAUCGAACCUCAAACAACGGUUCAUCGCGUCAUCUGGACAGAUGACGACUGUCCUCAUCGGGAACAUCCCUGAGAUGACUACGGAACAUUACGACAGGACAAGGGUUGACAGGUACAGGUACGAGGUCAUCGGGGGCAAUCAUACCAGGAUUGCGCUGCAGGAGAUACUGCGUGACACUCCCGAAAAACUGGACGUCGCAAGUGUACACAUGCAUAUUUACUGCGGCCUGCCCGAUGACCUCGCCAAACGGGUUGGGAUGGCCCAUAAUAAUGUCAUGAAUUAUUCAAAGCCAGAAACCACCCUUGACCAGCUGAUCAGCAUGAGAGCCAGUCUGUACAACAAGGCUGGCUUCACAAGGGCCGGUGACAUGUCAUCGGUGGAGCCACCAGCCGAGAAGAAAACCAAGGACGCGUGGAAGGAAGGACUGGCUGUCAUGCUGCGCUGUGAUGGAGACGAAGAAACUAAGCCGCGCAAACAACUCAACAAUAGGCACAGACGUUCCAUCAGUCUGGCUGAAAUGCCGUGCGCAGUCUGGAACGGCAUCACAGAGUUUGCCAAGAAGUGGGAGGAGAGGCGAAUCCUAGGGCAAAAGAAGACAGAGUUAAAACCAACUCAUUUGGGCUUCCUCGAUGAUGAUGACGAGACUGCAAAGCAGGUGUCAACGUUACAAGGACUAAACAACGGCGAACUGGAUUACAAAGAAGUCAUGCAAACUUCGGAAGCAAACAAAUCAGAGAAAAAGAAAAACAAGCAGAAGAUGAAAGCGGCCGCACUCCAGAAAGAUGGUGACGGAGGAGCUGAGGAGUUGGAUCCGGAGGGUGCCAAGAACGAUAAGAACGACGGAGGAGAUGAUGAGUCCGAUCUAGGGGGUCUGGAGCCGGAGGGUGCCAAGAAAGACAACGACGACAGGGGAGAUGAGGAUGCCGAUGUCGAUCUGCAGACUGAGAACAGAAACCUACUGGCGAAUGAAGAUGGCACACUUGACAAAAUACGGACAAGCAACAAGAGGAAAAGCAGCGAGCAGGAACCUCCGUCGGCGCCCGUUAGGAAGUCACAACGGAGCGCAGCUCACGGGGAGAGUCAGUACAAGGCUGACGACUUCGUUGUUGUACCUGGGAACGUGAACGACGGGGACGACAUUGAGGCGUGGUUUGGGCGGGUUGUGUCUGUCAAUCUUGCCCAAAAGAAGCUCCGGCUCGUGUGGUAUGUGCCAGACAACCAAACUGGCAUAUACGAACGGGAAAAGAGCAACGGCCAGUCGCUCCCCGCGACCACCUGCGCCUUUCGUGAUGUAGCCACAACCGUGGUGUUUGACAAGGACAUGACCUUGCCCGUGGAGGAAUGGGUGAAGGCAACAAAUGCAUGCCGUUAGAUACAUGUGUGUUGCAAAACGGAAUAUUCUUUUCCUUAAAAAUCUCACUUUCUCACUCCUGACAUUUAAAACUGCUAUGAAAAUCUAUCUAUAAAACAAUCCGAGUCCCGUGUAGUAGCCACAAAUAUUGUUCUUAUGUCAUACUUAUGACGCGAAAACGUUCGAUACUGGUGUUCCGGACCGGGCCAUAACUUCCGUAUCGCACAGGUUCGAAAGGCGUAUCACACAGGCUUCCUUCGAGUAAAUCCAAUCAUUUCGAGCGAGCAUUGCUGUUGCAACAUUUUUUGUUCGAGGGCACCAAAUUUGUUCAAAUUCUGGCACCUUUCGCAUCAAAACAAGGGUUUGGGUGGGUAUGACAUAAAUAAAAUACAACACGGUGUAUUCCGCAUCACCCUCGGUCUCAGCCCUCCCGCGGGUCGGAUCACCCUCCGGCCUUCGGCCGUCGUGCGAUCCUUCCCACGGUCGGGCUGGAACCUCAGGUGAUACGGAAUACACCGUGUUGUGUUUUCUUAACUGAUACCUCUAUUUGAUUAUCAUUAUUGCAUCGUCAUCAUUUUCUAUG